AUGGACUUUUCACUGGAUGACAUUCUCUUCACCGGCGGCGAAGAUGCUGCGUUGACGCUUCCCUACGACCAGGUUGACGAUCCAGCCCCUCAAUCGCGGAGUCCGUCAAAUCCGCUUGCUGAGGGAGCGAAUAUCGACACCAUGCUACAGACGAUCAACCCUCAAGAAGCGUUCAACGUUCAAAACACUGAAAUUCCGGAUUUUCAGAUUGAUUGGAAUGCCGAUUUCCAGCAGGCCAAAGCUGCCUCCGAGACCCCCGCAGAUGAUCUCAACCAGGACUUUUCUUUUCUCAAUCAACCAGCCACAGAUUGGGGUAUCCCAGCGCCGUUGCCAGCUCCCACUGAUCCUAUCAAAACGCCCAUGACCUCUAUUGAUGAAUUUUUCGUCAAGAAUGGAGCAUCCCGUCCUCCUGUGCCAUGCACCAAUUGUCGUCGAACUCGUUUGCAGUGCCUAAUCUUGCAAACUACGGUAGCAAAUCCGAACCCUACCAAGAGUUGUUCAAGCUGUGUCGCCUUGUUCCGCGAAUGCAGUCUGGCGGGGCAGAAGAAGAGGAAACCCUCGGAAUUUGAGACGUCGGAGCCUGUCAUCGGUCGCCUCCACGGGGUUAGCGAGCACAGCAUCCUAGGAGUACCUGCGACAGUCGAUGAAGGUCAAUCAUCGCAGGGCCUUUCAAUGGCAGCACUAUCGGGCAAAAGAGCGAACACUCGAUCAGUGCGAAAGACGAGGGUGCUGCGGAAUUGGUACCUUUCCAAUCUUGACCACCCCUACCCAUCAGAGGAGGAGAAAGCUAGUCUUUCUCAACAGUCAGGGCUGAGCAGGAGCCAAGUAGUCAAUUGGUUUGCUAAUACUAGACGACGCCAUCGACUCUCCUCAACUUACUCUGCAUCGCCUGGCCGGGGUCGUCAAGGAUUUGCACCAGGAUCACCGAUGCCGCAUUACCUCCGCAAAAACCUUUCACCCAUGGAUCGCUGGAAAAAUUCUCCGCCCGAUGAGGAGCCAGCUUCAGCGACGGCGAUCCAAAAUGCCCUGGCUGCUCAGUCAAGUGGACACAGUUCGCUGGAUAGCGACGCGGCGGCGUCUGAUGGACCAGGAUCAUCUGCGAGCAAUGACUCUCUCUGGCUUUCUAAUCUACAAGAGGCCUCAUCUAACUCGGCAUCUUCUUGUUACUCGUAUCGCUCAAGGGAUGCGGCAUUCUUCUCUCGCUCUGGUAGUACUUCGGUGGCAGAAGGACCCUCCAUAUCUAGGACUGCAUCCUCGAGGUCACGAACAAAGAAGUUCGUUGCGUUUCAAUGUACAUUUUGCGGACAAAGCUUCAAGAAAAAGUACGACUGGGUUCGCCAUGAACGGUCAAUUCAUCUCCCAGGCCUCGACUCAUGGAUUUGCGCAUUGCCUGUCACGCCAGAUCAAUCGUUUUUAGUCUGGCGAAUGAGCGAAGAUGGCCCGCAAUGCCUUUUCUGUGGUGAGAACUCACCCAGCGACGAGCACAUUCAAGCUCACGAAUUCGACACCUGUGCCGAACGCCCUGUUUCAGAGCGCAAGUUUACACGCAAAGACCACCUCUGGCAGCACCUUCACAAGUUUCAUGGCUGUCGCAAGUGGGAUGGCUGGAAACCGGAUCUGAGUCUGCUACAACACCGACAAGAUAUAAUAAGAAGCCAAUGCGGUUUCUGUCAAGUGAUGAUAGAUAGCUGGGGAGAACGGACGGAUCACAUCGCUGCUCACUUCCGGUCCGGGUUGACGAUGGAGCAAUGGGUUGGAGGAUCCGGGAUCCACGACCCCGGCGAUAUGGGUACCGAAGGCCGGUAG